AUGUCAAUUGCAGCAGCGCCCAAUGCGUUUCGAGCCUCAUCAGGCUGCGCCUCAAGGCUGGGCCUGUCUCUCCAGAAGGGCCCGUCAUCAAGCCUUUUCCCGCGGGUAGCAAGUUUCUCGACGACGGCGGCGCAAUGCAAGCGCAAGACAAAGGACAGCAACAAGCGACGAGGCGUCAGCAGCCUCUACGGAUCGGGCCCGCGAGAGCCGCUGUCCAUGUCCAACAUGCCGCUGCCGAAGCCCGUCGAGUUCACGCCCAAGAUCGAGGUCGACGAGAGCCACGGACUGUGGGGGUUCUUCCCCGCGCCGGGGAAGCUCCUGCUGACGCCCAAGGAGACGGAGGAGCACGGGCGAGCGUGGGAGGUGGAGGAGCUGCGGCGGAAGUCGUGGGAAGAUUUACAUGCUCUGUGGUGGAAGUGCUGCAAGGAGAGGAACAUGCUUGCUACGGCGAGGGCGGAGCUGUUGAGGGGGAAGCUUGGGUUUGGAGAGCGGGAGAUUGAUUCACGGGAUGAGGAGGUUACAAAGACGAUGAGGGCGAUCAGACAUGCCCUGACGGAGCGAUUCUAUACCUGGCAGGAUGCCGUCGAGGUUGCCAAGUCGGAUCCCGAGAUCAACCUGGAAGGAGGAGAAGGUCAGGUUUACACACCGUCGGCAUAUGAAGAGGGAUACGAUGAUAUUCCUGCCGCAGAAGAAGCAGGCAAAGAGUUGAAGGAGCCUACAAGGUAG